AUGGCGGGCGAAUCCGAAAUGGUGGCACAGCCAGGAACCAUCAAAGCACAACAGAUCGGAACUCCUGAUGCAGCACUGCCGGUGGAAAAGCAGAGGGACUCCCCUCAGAAGCCAAGCCACUGUUCAACCUACCAGUGCGGAAGACACCCCACCCCUGCCGCAACAAGCAACCAGAUCCCGCUAUCCAGUCCCUCACCACACAAAGCCACGAACCCUGCCGAACCACAAGACACCCCUGCACGCCUGCAGCCUUCUGAGGAAAAUCGGGCAGAAACGAGUGACCACACACUGGGAGAGCAACUACACCUUCCACCAAACACCACGCUGGACUCAAUCCUAUCAUGCUAA